GCUCUCAAACUUUCCCUUCCUCCAUUCCAUAUUUCCAUUUCUCUCUCUCUCUCUCUCCGACUCACAACGCUUCUUCUGCAUUCUCCUAAUACUAAAAAGAAAAAGAAAAGAUAAAAGAAAGAAAAGGCCACACUCUCUCUCUUUCUCUCUCUAGAACAUCACAUCACAGAAACAAUCUUUCUCCGGAAUGGAGGAGUCUCUAAGGAAGCUUGCUCUCUGGUAUACCAAGACGUUCAAGCCCAUCAUGACCCACGACGAGUUGGAGCCAAUCAUGACCACCCUCGGCUUCGUUGGCCUCCCCUUGUCAUCCUCUCCGGCCGCCUGCACCGGCGGCGUUGCCUGGAAAGAGUACGUCUAUUCCGCUGGUGGGUGCCGGAACCCAUCACCGACCGAGCCGCUGCCCCGGCCACGGCUGCCCUACCCGAGGAUCGAUGGCCUUCACACCUACACCUAUCGUGCGUUCAUCGAUGCCGUCACCUUUUACAUUGGGAACGGUGAUAUUGGGAACGAUAUCUCUGAUAUCUUCCAUAUUAGGGGCAUGCCACUCCAUCGAAUUUACGACCGGCCCUUCGAUAAAAAGUUCAGGCGAUUGGAUGAGGAGGAAAGCAUCUAUGUUUUCAGAGAGGGAACUCUGGAUCAAGCAACAUUUUUAGUAUAUGAUAACAAGAAUAACAAUGUCAGCAUCUACAGAAGCAACAAUGUCAUCAUCCAUAGCAAAGCCAACAAUACUGGCAUAUGCAAUCUAGUUCCAUUGAAGGAUAUCAUAGUUUGAUCUCUUCAAAUUCCCCCUCAAGAAAAAAGAAAAAAAAAACCCAAAAUUUUGGUAGUUAAAUUUUGAUAAACCUUGACCUAAAG